ACUAGAAAACAUGGGAAAAUGCCAUAAAGAGAGUCAUGUGUGGAGUUUGGUGCACUUUGAUAGGUGAAUCCCAAUGAGAUACCCUUCAGUUUUCGGACUGGCACUAUUCAUCUCAUUUUCAGUUACAUCAUCUUCAGCAUCUUUUCCUCGAACACCAUUCUUUUCUAAGCUUAAUGUUCUUCCUUCUUCAUCUAUUUCCUCCAUCUCAAUUCCAAAAGCCACUCCAUCCGAUUUGUUAUCUCUGCUAGGUCCCACACCUCAGUCCAAAUCCGUCAAUCCCAUCGUAGCACGCCAACUCAAGUCAUGCCUCAAAUUCCUUGUCCCCUUUUCUCCAACCAAAUCGGAACAACUUCGUAAUCGUAAAUUGAGCCGGAUAGAAUUCACCGCCCCGAACCGGAGAAACCAAAAUGAUAGGAUUUGGUGGCCGCCAGAGUCCGUUUUGGAACUUGCUCGCCUCGCCGUUGAUUCCGGUGGUGAUCCUGCCGCCAUUCAUCGACUUCUUGAUCCAACCAUCAUCCCAGUACCUGAUGUUGAAGGAUCGAAUGAAAAUCGUUGCCAGCUCACAAGAACUCCAUAUGGCAGACGCUUCAUAUCCGAGGAACUGAACAUGUAUAUGCAAUUUUUGUUUGAACUCAUUGUUGAUCGUGGUCCUUCUGUUGGGUUUGAUGUUGCCUUGAGUCGCUUUGAUCUUUUCCAUGGUCAUCUCUUUCUAUCAAAAGACUCUGGAAGACUUGGUAUCUUAUUCCAUGCAAGGGAAUACCCGACAUAUGAUGAAAAAGUGUUCCCGUAUAAUAUGGGUUUUUGUCAGAGAGGUUCCAAUGUGACAUAUGAUGAUUCAAUGAACUUGCGAAAUAUUCUCUGGCUUGCUCCAUUGCCUGACAAGUCCACUAAAUCUUGGGUAGCACCAGGGGUUCUGGUAGUACUGGAUGCUAGGCCUGAUGGAAUCAUAUACAGAGAUCUAAUACCAGAUUAUGUACAAAUUGCAAGGACUAUAUAUGAAGAUAUUCUCGGGGAGGUUGCUGUUGAUGUGAACAUCUUGAAUGUGGGUUCUAAAAGCCAAAAUUAUCAAAUAUUCAUAUGCUAAUGCUACGAUCGACACCGAUACCAGCUUAUAUAAAUGAAGAAUAAAAAAUUGCACAAAGGUUACAUGGAUAUUCAAAAGAUCGAUUACAAUGAAAAUUGCAUGGUUGAUUUCCUCUAAUUUGAGAGGUCAAUAGAUUGAUGCUUUCCAUUCUGUGCAUGCUUCUGUAAUUUAUUUAGAUUGGCCCUCCAACUUUAUGUACUUCAAUGACAUUGUACCAUAAACCUCCUGAUAUAUCAACGACCAGUACUUCAUUACGCUCAA